CCAGCGUUCGGCGCCAACGACGAAACUCCGCAUUUUUCGCCUGGCAAGGUGUCGCGCUGGGUGCAAAGUGGACGCUGGAGAAUUUUUGCAGGUUAGUAAAUCUGCUUCUUGGACCGGCCAGUAAAUUUUAAAAGGGACCUGAACAUCGGCCAUUGAUCCUCAAUUCAACAUCUGACUGUAAUGAAACACAUUUAGAAAGGGGAAUUUUAGUGAGGAGAGUAAAUCGCUUCAUUUCAAGACACAGGCGCUGGGUAACAAGCUGAGCUGAAACUGAUGUGGCACGUCCGGCAGAACCGGCUUCUUGUCUAUUGCCCUGAGAGAAAUCCUGUCAGUCCGCUAGUUCACAGCGAACAUGUGGGAAUAAUAGAGACACAGCACCCCACGGCUGCCAGCUCCUCAUUCCCACGCAGUGAGGGCGGGGCAAACACUUGGGUUUACAGGAAAGGCCAUUCCCUCCUCAUCUAGGGGGAAAGGGCGGGGACUACGAGUUCUGAGUGAAGGAAGCGUGACGUCAUCAGACCACUUCACUCCAUUGGCAGGGAUCUGGUAAUUCAUUUACAGCUGUUGUUAAAUCACGGCCCACCGGGAAAUUAAGAGCAUCGAGAGGCGAAAAAAACAUCACCGUUUAAAAGAUCGCUUGAGUUUUCAAGAAGCUCAAAGGCCUUUGGUUUUUUUUUUUUAUAAAUAGGACACGCCCAUUGCUGUCGGUGAACACGCCCCUCAGGUCCCGCCUCCUCGUUAGUAGAAGAUACUGUACUGUAGUUGCGGAGCCUCAGCGCUUGUAGCGCUUGGACUGAGCCGGUUGUUCAGAGAGGGAAAGCGGUGCGGGACAAGCUGGGAGAAGUCUAAGGCGGGCUGAGCCGCGUGCCCUGUGUUGGUAUAUUCGGGACUCUCCGCACUGGGCUAUAACACGCUGGAACUUGUGCUGGGGGCGGCGAGCUGUGGUCUCUUCCUCGCUGUGAGUGUCGGCAGCUCGUAGCUAUCGCUGGGACGUGGCUUUAGCGCUGCUGUGGGAUUGGAGCAGGACGUACCUAUGCCCCCCAGGACUGGCCCACCUGUAAUCCUCUGAUAGUGGAGCGCGGCUGCCUGUCCCCCCCCCCCGAGUGGGAAGAUGAAGCUGAGCCGGCAGAUCACGGUUCUGGGCAGCGGAGUGUUCUGUGUGGUUAUCUUCUCUCUUUAUCUCAUGUUGGACCGGGGGCAGCUGGACGAGCCCAAGAACCCGCGCCAGGAAGGGGCUUUACCCAAGGGUCAGCUGUCAAUGUUGCAAAACAAAAUAGAUCACCUAGAGCGCCUUUUAGCAGAAAAUAAUGAGAUCAUUUCAAAUAUAAAAGACUCUGUUAUCAACCUGAGUGAGUCCGUGAAAGAUGGCCAGAAGAACUCAGACUCUCAAAAUUUUAGUCGAGGAUCAAUCUCACAGCUUGAACCAUCAGCCUCUGCUUACCUUCCAAUAAAUAACGAGGACUGUCAGUUUGCGUCUGUAGCUGGUGGUCACAAAUCCAAUGUUCAGAUGUUGGAUGUGUAUGAUAUUCUGCCAUUCGAUAAUCCAGAUGGUGGAGUUUGGAAGCAAGGAUUUGACAUAUCAUAUGAUGAACAUGAAUGGGACAAUGAACCACUUCAGGUUUUUCUUAUUCCCCACUCGCACAACGACCCAGGUUGGCUGAAAACUUUUGAUGACUAUUUCAGAGAUCAGACGCAACACAUACUCAAUAAUAUGGUUAUUAAACUUCAAGAAGAUAAGCGCAGAAAGUUUAUGUGGGCUGAAAUCUCCUACUUUUCCAAAUGGUGGGAUGGCAUAGACAACCAAAAAAAGGAGGCAGUUAAAAGGUUGAUUGAACUUGAACAGUUUGAAAUCGUAACAGGUGGAUGGGUUAUGCCUGAUGAAGCAACGCCUCACUAUUUUUCAUUGGUUGACCAACUAAUAGAAGGACACCAAUGGCUGGAGAAAAAUUUGGGUGUAAAACCAAAGUCUGGUUGGGCCAUCGAUCCAUUCGGACACUCUCCCACUAUGGCCUACCUUCUGAAAAGCUCGGGGUUGUCAAACAUGCUUAUCCAGAGAGUUCAUUACUCUAUUAAGAAAUAUUUUGCAUCAAAACAUACAUUGGAAUUUUUCUGGAGACAAAAUUGGGAUCUGGGUGAUAGCACAGAUAUUCUGUGCCAUAUGAUGCCAUUCUACAGCUAUGAUAUCCCUCACACAUGUGGACCUGAUCCAAAAAUAUGCUGUCAGUUUGAUUUCAAGCGCCUUCCUGGAAGCAGAGUUAGCUGUCCUUGGCGAGUUCCCCCAGAAGUUAUCAAUGAAGGAAAUAUACAACACAGAGCUUGGAUGAUUCUGGACCAGUACAGAAAAAAAUCAAAGCUCUUCCGUACAAAAGUGCUUUUGGUCCCUCUGGGUGAUGACUUUCGUUAUAGCGACAGCAUAGAAUGGGAUCAGCAAUACGAGAAUUACCAAAAACUGUUCAAUUAUAUGAACUCUCAUCCUGAGCUGCAUGUUAAGGCACAAUUUGGGACAAUCUCUGAUUAUUUUAAAGCUCUACGGAAAGCUGGCAAUGUUGAUGAUCCCAAUAGUCAAUCAUUUCCAGUUUUAAGCGGAGAUUUCUUUACCUACGCAGACAGAGAUGAUCACUACUGGAGUGGUUAUUUUACUUCUCGUCCUUUCUAUAAACGGCUUGAAAGAGUCAUGGAAUCUCAUCUGAGAGCUGCAGAAAUCCUUUACUCUUUAACACUUGUGCAAAUGAACAAAUUUGACAAACUUCAAAGUUUUCCAUCGGUUGAACAUUACAAACUACUCACUGAGGCCAGGAGGAAUUUGGGACUUUUCCAGCAUCAUGAUGCUAUCACAGGAACAGCUAAGGACUGGGUGGUUGUUGAUUAUGGAACAAGGCUUUUCCACUCCCUUAUGAGUUUAAAGAGGGUGAUAAUAGAUGCAGCACAUGUGCUUGUUCUGAAGGAUAAAAAUACAUAUACCUACAAUCCAUCAGCUCCUUUCUUCAGCAUGGAUGAUGUGCAACCAUCACAAGACUCAUUACCUCAGAAAACUGUUAUAAAGAUCACUGAGAAUCCCAGGUACCUAACAGUUUAUAACCCUACGGAACAGGAACGAUAUUCAGUGGUAUCAGUGUAUGUAAGUUCAUCUAAAGUCAAAGUUAUCAGUGCAUCCGGAAAAGCUGUGAAAGCUCAAAUUAGUGCAGUCUGGAAUGGGGAUUCGGCUCCAGUACAGGACAUGUACCAGGUGUCAUUUCUGGCGAAUUUACCUGCUCUUGGCAUUGCAGUGUACAAGUUGGUGGAAGCAGACAAUCCUGAAUCAAUCAAGGCAGAUUAUACAAUCUUUGUACAAGGAAAGAACAAAAAUAUAAACUCAGAUGGUAAUUUUAGGAUAAAGCAAGUUAACAAUAUUGGUGAUCUAACCAUUGAAAAUUCCUACUUAAAACUUUGGUUUUCAUCAUCGGGACUUCUUGAGAAAAUACAGAGUAAAGAAGAUGGAAAAACUCUUAGUGUGAAAGUUGAAUUUAUUUGGUAUGGAACAACAAAUACCAGAGAUAAAAGUGGAGCUUAUCUAUUUCUGCCUGAUGGUGAAGCAAAGCCCUAUAUUAAUGCUGAUCCACCAAUUGUGAGAGUGACACACGGAAGCAUUUUCAGUGAGGUUGUGGUCUUCUUCAAGCACUUGACACACACCGUACGCCUUUACAAUGUACAUGGCCUAGAAGGGCAGUCUCCUCAAAUAACAAAUAUUGUAGAUAUCCGAGGAGAAUUCAACCGGGAAAUUGUGAUGAGGAUAGCCUCGGACGUAAACAGCAAAAAUAGGUUUUAUACUGAUCUGAAUGGAUACCAGAUUCAACCUCGCCGCACCUUAAGUAAAUUGCCUAUUCAAGCUAACGUUUACCCAAUGACAUCAAUGGCGUAUGUUCAGGAUGAUACCAGCCGUUUAACGCUUCAUUCUGCUCAGUCUCUUGGAGUUGCCAGUUUAAAAAGUGGUCAGCUCGAAGUUUUCAUGGACCGAAGACUGAUGCAGGAUGAUAACCGUGGUCUCGGCCAAGGGGUCCAAGAUAACAAAAUCACAUCAAAUUUGUUCCGAUUGCUUUUCGAGAAAAGAGUUGGAAAAGAUGAGAAAGAGGAUGAAAAAUCUGUUAGCUACCCAUCUAUUUUGAGUCACAUUACUUCAAUGUUUUUAAAUCAUCCUGUAAUACCAAUGGCUGCAAAUGUGGAUUUCGAAUCUCCAGUGCUACUUAAUGCCUUUUUGCCUCUGACAUCAUCGAUGCCUUGUGAUGUUCACUUGCUUAAUUUGCGGACCAUACAAGCAAAGGUGGGUCCUAUUCCAUCAGACGAAGCAGCACUCAUCCUUCACAGGAAAGGAUUUGAUUGUAAAUUCUCAAAUAAAGACCUUGGACUGCUAUGUUCAACGACUCAGGGAAAGAUUUCAGUCCGUCAACUUUUUAAUGGAUUCAACGUUGAAAGUUUAAUUCCAUCCUCGUUAUCGUUGAUGUAUCCUUCUUCUAAUUCCAAGAACACAACUGAAAUCAGAAUCAGUCCCAUGGACAUAAAUACAUUCAGAAUUAAGCUGAGGUGAACUCUGCUCUUAGCCACAAUGACUACAAUGCAAUAAGGAAGCACGUUCCUAGCCCAGCUUCUGGACACUGUGAGAGUCUGUGCACUGAUGGCCAACACCAGCAAAAGGCCAUCCUUUAGGCUUAUUUCAUAUGUUCAAUAUAGAACCAUAUCUAAAAUCUCAGGUUUAAUCCAUUCAUGAUUUCCUUUUCUGCGUUGGCUUUUAUUUUCAUUUGAGACAGAAAAAAAUAUACUCACACACACACACACACACACAUAUAUAUAUAUAUAUAUAUAUAUAUAUAUAUAUAUAUAUAUAUAUAUAUAUAUAUAUAUAUAUAAAAAUAGAGAAUAAUGUACCCCCUCCUGUAAAAUAUAAGGACAUUAUAAGUAACCAUGAACAUAUAAAGGCCUAAGGCCAAACACUAUUAUACUGGUCAUGGAACACUGAGGUGACUUUAAUAUCCUCAUAUUUUGCAGCUUGGCUACAUUAUAAGACGCAAGAUUUAUAUUUGGCAGAAAUGACAUCAUUAAGCACGGAUUAUAACGGAGGACAUCUCUAAACACCAUCUAUAAAGAGAACAUUUGCAGGAUAUUCACACACAAGAAACCUUCACCUGAAAAAGAGGCCAAAGAAUUCUAAUUCAGUUAAAAUGUUUACUUUUACCCCUCUGAUAAUUUAAGUUAAAGUAAGUUAUAACUGCAAAUGUAUUUUUAAUUAGCUCAACAUUAAUCAAGUCAAAUACUUGCCUGUUGAGCAGUUUAGUUAACCGUUUGGGAUAUGUGCAAUUAUUGUAUUCCAUAUACUUUCAAAGGUAUUAUAAUCAGAAGGAUAGGAUUGUAAUCAGAAAGGUGUUUGUAUUUUUUUUCCCCAAAAUACAGCCUAAAUGAAAAUGUGCCUUAUUUUUUACAUUUCUUACAAUUUUUUAAAUUGAAUAUUGAACAUUUUUUCUGAAGGGUUCGUUUCUAUCAGACAUUUUGUAAUUAUUUUUUGUUACAUUACAACAUGAUUGAUUUAUGGUAAAUUUUCGUACAUGAAAUUUGUAAAUAUAGCACUGUAUGUACCCUUGUGACUUGUUGAAUGUGCAAAUCAUAUGUGCUGGUUUAUUCAUGGUAAGAAUCAAAAUCGGAAGUUUCAAAUACCAAGGAGGCUGCAGUUACCGUAUAUCCAGAAUUAUUUCGUAUUAUGCGUCACAAACAUUCUUAUGAUAUGCCUUCGUUUUAAGCAAAUAUUUAAACCCCAAAUUCCUUUCCAUUGAAGUGAUACAGACGUAUACUGUUUUAAGCUUAGUGGCAGAAUGAACCAACAACACGGCUUAAUGUUGCUUCCUUAUUCUCUUAAAGGGAUUGUUCAGUAAAAAAAUAAAAACUGGGUAAAUAGAUAGGCUGUGCAAAAUAAAAAUGUUUCUAAUCUAGUUAGUUAGCCAAAAAUGUAAUGUAUAAAAACUUUGCAGCUCUCUUGGUUUCCACCGAUUGGUUACCAGGCAGUAACCAAUCCUUGACUUGAGCAGAUGUCAAAUGUGCCAUAACUGUUGCUUUUGAAUCUGAGCUGAAUGCUGAGGAUCAAUU